GAAGAAAAAACUACAGGAAUUUAUUUGGAGGACGCACAAUCGGUGAGCAAAGGAGUGUGUGUGUGUGUCUUGCGUGAGGAGAUUAAGCAAGUGAGUAAUGAGAUUUCUACAUCGACAUUGAAUAAAUCUACCCAGCUAGGUGUUAACAAAACUAAAUGGCAGGGUGGUGGUACAGACUGGCGGCAUUCGUUGUUGCGUUAAUGUCAACGACACACUGCGCUCAGAUACUGGGAAUAUUUCCCUUUCCAGCAAAGAGUCACCAAAUAGUCCUCCUUGCCCUGACUCGGGAACUUGCCCGUCGAGGGCAUCAGGUGACAGUCAUCAGUCCUUUCCCAGAGAAGAAGCCCAUUCCUAACUUAAAAUACAUUGAAGUGGAAACGUUUUUGGCAGAUCACUUUAUACCGAACGUGUUCGAUAUGAAAGACAUGAGUACAGUUGGACAUUCAAGACUUCUAUGGACCACAGGUCCUGCAUACUGUGUAACAUUUCUCCAGCAUCCACGAGUUCAGGCUCUGAUACAUUCCAAAGAUCACCACUUCGAUGCCAUCAUGGUGGAAGCAUUUAUGAACGAGUGCUUUCUAGGGUUCGCGCAUAAAUUCAAAGCUCCUAUAAUUCAGAUAUGCCCAUUUGGAGGUACACCUUGGAUGGGAGACUGGGUCGGAAAUCCUAAUCCCUAUUCAUAUAUUCCCGACCCAUUUCUUCACUUCAGCCAUUAUAUGACAUUUUGGGAGCGUUUGGUAAAUACAGUAAACGGCGUCUAUUUCAGGAUUGGGCAAGAGUUUUAUAAUAUACCCAGGCAGGAUUCAAUUAUGAGAAAGUUUUUUAAUGAAACGGAACCGAUACCCCCAUUGUCUGAGCUUGUUCGUAACACUUCGUUACUUCUCGUCAACAAUCACUUCAGCCUGAAUUAUCCGAGGCCACUAAUGCCCAACUUGAUUGAAGUUGGCGGUAUGCACGUGCAGCCACCGAAAGAACUACCUCAGGACCUACAAAAGUACUUGGAUGAAUCUCCACAAGGAGUGAUCUACUUCAGUAUGGGUUCUGUCCUGCAAGGGUCCCUCAUGCCUGAAACUGCCAGAAACGCUUUCCUCGAAGCCUUCUCUAAACUAAAGCAACGAGUGUUGUGGAAGUGGGAGAUAGAAUCGUUACCAGGACAACCAAGCAACGUGAAACUGGGGAAGUGGCUGCCUCAGUCAGAUAUUCUGGCUCACCCAAACGUCAAGCUCUUCAUCACACACGGAGGGUUGCUGAGCAAACAGGAGGCCCUGACUCGUGGAGUGCCUUUGCUGGGAAUCCCAAUAUAUGGAGAUCAGCACUUGAAUAUGCGAAAAGCCGUGAAUUCUGGAUACGGAAUUCUACUGGAGUUUGAAAACAUCACGACGGAUUCUGUUCUUUGGGCGAUAGAGUCGGCACUUCAACCCAGGUUCCGCGAGAACGCCCAACGCGUGUCCAGAAUCUUCCGGGACCAACCACUCACACCGCUGGAGCAAGCCGUGUUCUGGACGGAGUACGUGAUCAGGCACAAGGGAGCGCCUCACAUGCGUUCAGCUGCACUCGACCUCGCCUGGUACCAGUACUUCCUGCUAGAUGUCAUCGCUGCUUUAGCAUUUUCUGUCGGUUUCGUUUCUUUCAUAUUGUUUCUGAUUUGCAGGGCAAUUUUUAAGAAAGUGUGCAGUAGCACAUCAACGAACAAGAGUAUUACUAAACAGAAGAAACAUUAACGAGUGUGAUAAUCAGGAAAAUGCGUUUUGUUUGAGAGACCACUUCUUUAUAACUUGGUAUUCGUUUUUCUGUCUUGCUCUUCUAUGCAGGGAGUUUUUAUUUCCAAUGACCUUCAUGUCUACACCAUCUACCACAAACAUAAAACAUAGGUUGGCUUAUCCAAGAACCUUGGCACAUGUCCGAAGUCUCUACUGAAUCAUUCCGUAUUAAAGCAAACAGUGCUCUACCCAAAAUCAUCAUACUAUUUAUUCUUUCUCUUAUAGCCACACAUCCCUGAGGUACACGUUUCCUACGUUGAAAUUAUUGUGACCAAGUCUCUGCAUAAUAAUUAAUUUCAUUCUUCAGUUUUGGCAAAUUGCGAAAAAUUCUUAAUAGUAUAAAUCAUUAUCAUUUGAAAAGUUAGAAAUACAAUAUUUAGGGUACAGCCGUUGUUUUCUCGAGGUAUCUAAUUUCACACAACUUAUACAUAUAUCUGCAUUAUGUUUAGAUUUACAGACUUCGUACCAUUUUCUUUAAUUAGGACCCGAACUUGUGACUUUAUUUAAGUAACUGCGAUAUUGAUCCAAAACAAACAAAGGGCUGUUUUAUGUGUUUAGAUAUUUUGAGUGGAUGGACUUUCGUUUGAGUUAUGAAAAUUAUCUUUUUUUAAAUACAUAAACAACAAAUGUAUCCUCAUAAUGGACGACAGUAAAUCAGAAAUGAUUCAAAACGCAUUAAUAUAAUGAUUAAGGGGAUUAAUAUUAGCAACAAAUACACACGCGGUGAAACUGUAUUAAUGUUUUCCACUGUAAUGAAGAAAGGUCUCGUGAGUUAUGUCUGGUACAGCAUACUCAAUUCUAUGUUGAUGCCCACUCCUCUGACGGCAUGCCUUCCAGUGAGAAAGAGAUAUAGCGUAGAAAUCCGAUUAGAAGGAACGCUGCUCAGUGGCGGUUACUCGGACAAAUCCACUGCUUUUAUUAACCGUUCAGAAUAACUCCAAGAGAAAAAGUAUGGGACGAUGUAAUACAGGAGGAAUACUUGCCGACCGAGCAGUACACAGCGGACCCAAGAAAUAAAUAUAGUUCUGCCAACUGACACUAAGAGCUGCACCGUCCAGGCAGUUUUUUUUUUCCUUCUUGGAAUGGAAAACAGCUGACUUUUAUUUAAUGCUGCUGUAUCUACUAAGGUUAUUAUUUACAAAGCAGAGCGAACUUUUAACUGCUGCUUUGUCCCCGGGAACAAAAAGAAGCACAUGUCUCAGUUAAAAAAAACUGACAUAUUGCACUUCAUUUGAGUUAUGUACUGAUUUUGUAAACGUUAUUGGUGAGUGCUGUUUAAUGAAAUAAUCUAUGUUUAUUCUCAGACUCGUACGAAACUCACAGAUAUAUUGAACAUACUCUGUGGUCAAAAUGUAAAGUUAUCCCAUGUUAAAGUAGAUGGUACAUGUAAUAAAAACUGAUUUUAAGAGACAA